GUAUCGUUAUCGUCGCUAAAUUAAAGGCUCGAGUUGAGGAUAGACGGAUGAAGGUUUCGGUCAUUCACUUUUGAUCACAUUUCACCGUUAAAGAUGGCGACCGACGCAUGUGCCCAAAUACCUCCAGUCUCAUCGGAGUAUACACCGAAGGGAAGAUAUGAAACCAUCGCGGGAUUGAAAACAUAUAUUAUUAGUCCCAAGUCCCCGCAGAGGGCAAUAUUUGACGUCUACGAUGUUUUUGGCUUAUCCCCCCAGGCGCUACAAGGCGCAGAUCGUUUAUCCGCCAGCCUCAACGCGCUUGUACUAGUUCCGGAUUUCUUCGAGGGCGACUACAUGCAGGCCGCGUGGAUGCCGGCCGACACAGACGAGAAGAAAGCAGCCUUCGCUAAGUUCCAGAAUGAAAAGGCCGUGGUAUCGAAGAAUGUCGAGAAGCUCAUAGAAUUAAGGGAGCUGGCCGGCGAAAUAUGGCCGUCGACUGGAGACCGCUGGGGGGUCUUUGGGCUUUGUUGGGGAGGAAAGAUCGGCGUGAUAGCAUGCGGAGAGGGUAACGAAGGGCCGGGGAGGAUUUUCAAAGUGGGCGGGACUGCUCACCCGGGGCGCUUGGCUGCUGAAGAUGCGGAGGCUUUAACUGCUCCGUUUAUAUGUCUUGCUUCGCCCAAGGAGCCAGCCGAUAUCGUGGCGCAGUAUAAGGAAAUCUUAUCCAGGCCAGGCAAAACCGGAGUCGUGGAGACAUACGAGACAAUGUUCCACGGUUGGAUGGGAGCAAGAGCUAAUUUGAAAGACGAGAAUAACAGGACGGAGUAUGAGCGGGGAUAUAAUCAGGUCGCGGAGUUCUUUGCGAAAUACCUAUGAGGCGUCCAAGUAGCUGACAAAACAAAGUUAAUGUCCUUUUUUUAUACUCUUAUGAUAAGUUAUCAUAGCGGCAGCGUAGUUAAUUGGCCGUGCCAAAGGCAGAUUGUAAA